GAUUGCCCACCGUUUAUUUUCUUGUCGGUCUCUUCGACAACCUGUGAUCAGUCGGUUCCUCGUCCUCAUCAACCGCCGGAACGCUGUGGAUCAAAAUAUCGAACGCAUCCGAGGUCGGCAGCCCUCGGUGCUCAUCGUAAACAAGCAAUGAUGACUACGAGUUACCAACUAUCAAACCCAAGCAUCGUUAGGAAAAACGCGUCAAGGUCAUAGACGCCCAUCCCUUGUUGACCAUCAUAAUUCAAGCUACAGCUUGGCACUUUAUAGGUAUAUAGUCCUUUACGGCUUUACGGCUACACUGCAACCUGAUCCAGACGCUCCAGUGAGUCAAAUAUACUGUUCCCACUUUUCUAAUAGUCUGCAGUCGCUACUCACUAGUCUUGAAUAUUUGUCAUAUAGUACCUAAUAGCAAGUCUUUGCCGUUUGUAAAUUGUAAUUCGUGUGAGAUAAAAUUGAAGUUUUUACUUCUUGUCAAGACAAGUAUUUACCAAAAUAUUCAACAAUAAUCGAAACAUGAAUACCGGCGGGCAGAACGACAAAACAUCACCAAACAAAGAUGAGACACUACACGGACGGCAUGAUGCUCACAAACAUCAUGAUACAAUGGGAGAAAUUGUACAAGCUCAAGGACAAGGACUUCCUGAUAAUGUGAAAAACAAUCAUGUUGAUUUGGUUGAUAAUCACGUGAAAGAAGUAAACCCACAUUCUGAAAGCUUGGGUACUUAUCAAAUUGACAAGUAUGGAAACUGUGUGGAACGAGACCUUAAAUAUCAUCACAGCUCUACAAUUACUCCAUUUUUUUUUUAUUUAUUGUAUUCACGUCUAUCCGUUAGGCUCACAAUUGACGAGACGAAGAUGGAAUUUAAUUUUAAUAUUGGAAACGUGGCCACCAAUGAGGUUCUGAAAAUUAACAACAAGCUAACGGUUGAAGGACACGAAGAAAACGAUGAUUUAAAAAACAUAAUGAAAUUGAUCAUUGAUGAAAUGGGUAAAGCAUCAGCUGUAUCACAAGAGUUAAGGUUGCCAAUCACCAGUGCCAACAGACUUGUCAAUUCUGAUCAUGUUAUUUAUAUGAUGACUGAACACAAUACACCAGAGCAUUUUGCUGUUGUUGGAUUUUUGAAGAUGGGAUGGAAAAAAUUGUUUCUUUACGACAAACUAGCUUCCCGGUCAGAAGCCCGGGUCUACUGUUUGUUAGAUUUUUAUAUACAUGAAUGCAGACAGCGUAAAGGUUAUGGCAUACGUUUGAUGGAAUGCAUGCUACAGGAUGUUGGUUUAAAGGCCAAACAUUUAGCUAUUGACAAGCCAACAAACAAAUUAUCGCAGUUUAUGUGGAAGCAUUUUCAAUUAUCUAAAAUGGUAAACCAAGGAAACAAUUUUGUUAUAUACGAAGAGUUUUUUCAUACCGCAUCAGAAGAAAAAAAUAACCAUGACCAUACUGGAAAUAGAGCUGAAGCAUAUAAGAGUCAACCAAUGUUUGGACGGCAUGGAGCUCAUAAACAUCAUGAUUCAAUGGGCGAGAUAGUACAAGGUGAAGGCGAUGCAGCAUUUGUGAAGUUCAAGUACAACCAUGACACUGACUUUGUUGAUAAUCAAUUCAAGGAAGUGAAUCCACAUCCUGAAAGUAAAGGUGCAUUUAAAACUGACAAGGAUGGAUACUCAGUAAAACGAGAUCUUAAAUUUCAUCACAACUCUUUGUGGUAACUUAAAUUGACAACAUACCCAAAUAAUUGUACUUGGUGUCAUGUCCCUAAUGCACUUAUUUCACAUUCAAACACACAUUUAAAAUUAUAUGAUUAUGAAUCUAAUUGUACUCAAAACAUUUAAAAUUACAAAUAAUUUGUAGAUUUAUUAUUUUAAAUUUAAAUUUUCUACAAAAUAUAGUUGUUCAACUUAUAAUGUUUUACAUUCUAAUUCAUUUUUAACAAGUCUUAUUUUAAUUUUAAUCUGUAUUGUGCCCUUGUACUU